UUCCGGUGAAUAUUACGCCGUCUUCCGUAUGAUGAAAUAGAUCAGAUAGUGGAGCAAAGGUAGGCUGAAAAGAUUUACUAGCCAAUAAAUUAUAUCUUAAACCAGAAUCUGAUAUUGAUUAAACUGUUAGUUAAACAACUCGGCGUGUUUGGUGUCAGAAUAGUGGCGCGCCUAACCCUGCUAGCUGGUGAGAUGGAGUCCAGUGGGGACAGGGCCAGAUUCGGGGGACAGAGUAUAGGAGCAGGCUCUUUGGUGGCAGAGGAGAACUACUUCCUAGGUUACACCUUUACAGACCGCUCCCACUCCAGCCGCGUGGUGCAGAGCAUCAUGGACCUAUGUCUGCAGGACGGCCUGUUUGCUGACGUGACGGUGAAGGUGGAGGGGAGGGAUUUUAACCUGCACCGCCUCGUACUGUCAGCCCAGAGCAGCUUCUUUAGAUCCAUGUUCACAUCCAACCUGAGAGAGGCUCACACACGUAGCAUCCAACUGAAGGACGUCAGCGCAUCAGUCUUCCAGCUGCUGGUUGACUACAUCUACCACGGGACAGUGAAGCUGACAGUGGAGGAGCUGCAGGACACCUAUGAGAUGGCUGACAUGUACCAGCUGACUGCUCUGUUUGAAGAAUGCUCCCGCUUCCUGUCACGCACCGUAGAUGUCAAGAAUUGCCUACAGGUGAUGUGGCUGGCAGACAGGCACAGUGACCAGGAGUUGUAUACUGCAGCCAAACAUUGUGCUAAGAUCCACCUGGUCCAACUUCACCAGACUGAUGAGUUCCUCAACCUGCCACUCUGUCUCCUCAUGGACAUUAUCAAAGACGGUGUUCCAACCUCUCAGAACCCCACGGUCGCCAUCCAAUCCUGGAUCAACCACAACAAGGUGGAGAGAGAAGAGUUCUCCACUGUUCUCCAGGAGAACCUCAAGGAGAUCGGUGAGAUGGUGCACAUCUACCUGAUAGGUAAGGAGGAGACGAGAACCCACUCCCUGGCCAUUUCCCUGCACUGUGACGAGGACGAUGCCAUCAGCGUCAGCGGCCAGAACAGCCUGUGUCACCAGAUCACAGCAGCCUGUAAACAUGGGCCGGACCUCUACGUGGUAGGGGGGUCCAUCCCUCGCCGCAUGUGGAAGUGUAACAUGCAGACCAUGGACUGGGAGCGCUGUGCCCCGCUGCCCCGAGAUCGUCUCAGCCACACCAUGGUCUCAGUCUCACUCCAGGAUGCCGUCUAUAGUCUGGGAGGUAAGACGCUCCAGGACACACUGUCCAACGCCGUGAUUUACUACACGGUGAAGGAUAACGUGUGGACGGAGACUAGCCAGCUGGAUACGGCGGUGUCCGGGGCGGCGGGGGUUAACCUGGGAGGAACCAUCUACAUACUGGGGGGGGAAGAGAACGACAUGGACUUCUUCACCAAGCCGUCACGACUCAUCCAGUGCUUCGACACGAAGACUCAGAAGUGCCAAUUGAAGCCUUACGUCCUGCCGUUGGCGGGAGUGAUGCACGCCGCCGCCCACAUGGAUCUGCUGUUCAUCGUAGCAGAGGGGGACUCCCUGGUGUGUUACAACCCGCUGUUGGAGAGCUUCACCAGGCUACGUUUCCCCGAGGUGUGGAGCUGUGUGCCGUCCUUCUGGAAGGUGGCCAGCUGUAACGGCUCCGUCUACGUGUUCAGAGAGAGGUGUACAAAAGGAGACGCUCACACGUUGAAGUUUAACCCCGCUACAUCAGCCGUGACUGUUAUCAAGGGGAUUAAGAUACUGCUGACCAACUGGCAGUUUGUCCUGGCCUAAAGUUUAAACUCACUACGGUGAGGGCAUGAGGUAUUUGAGAAUAUAGAAUGGAAAAUAUUCAGAUCCUUUUUACUUUGACCGUUAAAGUCUUAUUCUCUCAAUCUACACACCAAACCCCAUAAUGACAAAGCAAAAGCAGGUUUUUAGAUAUUUUAGCAAAUUUAUAGAACCCCCCCCCCCCCAGAAAUAUCUUAUUUAUAUAAGACCCUUUGCUAUGAGACUCUAAAUGUAGCUCAGGUGCAUCCUGUUUCCAUUGAUCAUCUUUGAAAUGUUUCUACAACUUGGUUGGAGUUCACCUGUGGUAAAUUCAAAUUGAUUGGACUUGAUUUGGAAAGGCACACACUAAUAAGGUCCCACAGUUGACAGGUGCAUGUCAGAGCAAAAACCAAACCAUCUAAAUAAUUGUCCAUAAAGCUCCGAGAUAGGAUUGUGUCGAGGCAGAGAUCUGGGGAAGGGUACCAAAAAAUGUCUUCAGCAUUGAAGGUCCCCAAGAACACAGUGGCCUCCAUCAUUCUUAAAUGGAAGAAGUUUGGAACCAUCAAUACUCUUCCUAGAGCUGGCCACCCGGCCAACCUGAGAAAUCGGGGGAGAAGGGUCUUGGUCAGCCAGAACCUGAUCAAACAUCGCUGGAGAGACCUGGAAAUAGCUGUGCAGCGACACUCCUCACCCAACCUGACAGAGCUUGAGAGGAUCUGCAGAGAUGAAUGGGAGAAACUCCCCAAAUACAGGUGUGCCAAGCUUGUAGCGUCAUACCCAAGAAGAGUGGAGGCUGUAAUCGCUGCCAAAGUACUGAGUGAAGGGUCUGAAUACUUAUGUAAAUGUCUAUUUUCCGUUUGUAUUAUUUGUAAUAAAUUUGCCAAAAAACGAUUAUAUUUUUUUUUAGCUUUGUCAUUAUUGGGUAUUGUGAUGUCAUUAUUGGGUAUUGUGAUGUCAUUAUUGGGUAUUGUGCGUAGAUUGAUAUGGAUUUUUUUUCCCGUUUUGAAAAAAUAAAUAAAAAUUAGAAUAAGGUUGUAACGUAAGAAAAUGUGUAAAAAGUCAAGGGGUCUGAAUACUUUCUGAAUGCUCUGUAAGGUGUUACAUUACAUAAGCUGAUAUUUCUGUCUCUGAUGCAGUCAUCCUCACAGCUUUAAAUCAUGUUCAUUGUACAGCAAUAAGUGAUGGGAUGAAACCACACGAUCGGAGAAUUCAGAGAUCAUAUUUUCUUGCAUAUGUCACAAAUACAUCCCAUUAUCUGUAAAUAUAUUCAACAAAGCUCACAAAUAAAACUACAAUGUGAACAAACAUAGGAUGUUCAGACAUCCCUAACAUUUACACCUGUGGAACGUGGAUUUACGUAUUCAGAAAAAAGUGCUUGUGGAUCUGUAUUCUGUGCUUAAAAGAAAUUAACAAGUUAUGCCUGUCGAAGUAUUACAGUCAGCGAAUGUGACUUCAGAUGAGUCGACUAUCUCCAUUCAUUGGGAUUAUCUUUGAGGCGCGUAGCGUUAUGAGGUCACCGCAUUCUCAUUCGCCAUUUCCUGGGAGAAUACUUUCUAGCUAGAUAAAUAACUUCAUGAAAUGUGAGUAUAACGUUUUAUUUAUUAAAUGUUAAAAUGUUAACCAAAUGACUUUUCGUAUGAAUGUUAAAUUCAAUCUUUGGGGCAUGCAACGCACUAGGCAAUCUCGUCAGCUGUUUAGACAAAGUUAAAUGAACUAGUUUAUUCAGCAAUGUGUCAAUUAUGAAGAACCGCUCAGUUUUCAAAUCAUGAAAUGUUGAUCUGGCUAGCCAGCUAAUCUUUUUGAAUAUGUGAUAUUUUUGCAACACAAAGCACUCUGUUCCGCCUUGUGGUGGUAAGAAAUGUUAAUAUUAUCCAAUAAAAAUGUUAGGAAUCCA